UUCGAGGAGACACCAACAACACAAGGAGACAACAACAACACAAUACUUAUAGAUUGACUUUAACAUUAUUGUUUUAACUGAUCUACGUUUAAUUGAUUUAAGGAUUAAGUUAUGCGCCUAUAAGGUUUCAAAUUUAGAUUGAAUAAAUUGUGUUUAUUUUAUUUAAAAGGAAUGGACCUGUAUACCAAACUUCCACAGUCUAUAAAAUGUCCAGUCAGUCAAGAAAAGGGUUCGAAGAAAAAGCCAAUCCGAGAGUAUUUAACAGACAGCCUGCCUGCCAGAUACACUGGGUUUGAAGCUCUAGAACAUAAGGCACAUGUCCUCGACAGUGUCCGCAAGAAAUGGCAAAAACCAGAAAAGGGCAAAGGAAGAAAUAGGCUGUCCGUCAAUGACCGGCGAAAACUUAACAUAUUUGAGCUUAAAGCUGAGGGUCUUAGGUUUGAAGACUAUCUCCCUCUACACAGACUUUGGCAAGAUUACAUGCGGAGCAUUCUGGACCUCAGCAGGUACAAUUCUACUGAUCCCAACCAUUCCAAAUUAAACAACGAGCGACUGCUGAAAGCAGACUUUCAUGGGUGUCUGGUCGUUGUUAGAAAGACAAAGUGCCCUUCGCUACUUGGAUUGGCUGGUAUCGUUCUCAUGGAGACGAAAAAUAUGGUGAAAAUCAUUGCAAAGGACAACAAAAUAAAGUGUAUACCAAAAGCAAGCUGCAUGUUUUCAUUUCAACUGGACGGGUUUCUGUUCACCAUUCAUGGCAACCAGUUCUGUGUCAGUGCUGCCCAGAGGACAAAACGGAAAUUCAAACAAAAAGCUACAGUAGAACUGUGAUAGAUAAAUUAAUUGUGGACAGUACAAACUUAGAAGACUUACAAAUGUGUUCAAUUAAAAUUGUUUUUUGGUUUCCAGAUUGUGUUAAAAUAUAUAAAUUAUGAAAUGAU